ACAAAGUUAUUCGACUGAAAUAUUUCGGAAAUUGUAAUUUUUCCUUGCAAGAAAAGAAAUACCGAAACUUGUUAUUCAAUUUUCGUGUGUGAGUUUAUGUGAUAACAACAUUACAUUUUGAAAUAUUCAACGAACCAUGAGUGGUAAGAAUAAAGAUAAUUCAGUUAAAAAUAAAAUGUCUAAUAAGACAAAAAAUGUUCCGGAUAAAAGUUUAAAGAAAAAACAACAAACUGCACCGACAAAAGCAGGACCACCGGAUACAAGUAAAAAAAGUGGAAGAAAUUCAGUAAAACAACAAGGUAAUGAAAAAAGUAAAACAGUUAAACAUAUGCCACCACCACCACCACCACCAACGCAACAUUAUUCGACAAAAAAAUCAUCACGUGAUAGUGGUUCGAUUAAGAAAAAAGAUAAAAAUUCAUCGAAAAAAUCUAAAACUGAAAGUACAAAAAAGAAAAAACCUGAUAAACCUAAACCAAAAUUGAUGAAUAAACAAAUGGAAAUGGAAACAGCAAUACAGACAAAGACUGGUGGUAAUUCACCAAUACAAAAAUCUAAAAAAGAUAAAUCUGGAAAAACAGCAGCAGCAGCAGCGGCAGCAGCAGCUGCAGCAGCAACAGCAGCAGCCGCAGCUAAAGAAUUGGAAAAAGAAUCCACCAAAAAAUCAAGAGCUGAAGAAUUACCAUCCGAUAUGGAACAACCAUCUGAUUAUGCGGAUGCACAAGAAUCACCACCGAAAAUUGAACAAACAACAACCGAAUUGCAACAUCCAAAGGAAAAAGAAUCAACCGCACAACAAACACCACCAGUAUCGGAUAUUGAAACAUCUGAAGAUAAAUCAUCAAAGAAAAAAAGACAUGAUGAAGAAGAUGAUGAAGAAAGUGGUGAAAGUAAAGAUGAUGAAUUACAUGAAAGUGAUCAACAAGAUGAUGAACGAACAUUAUCAUCAUCACAAAAUGAUGAUGAUGAUGAUCCAACAUCAUCAACAUCGGCUGAUGAAAUGACUGGUUCGGAUACAGAAAAUGCAUCCGAUAAUGAUGUAAGUGAUGAUAAAGGUAAAGAAAAAGAAAAAGAAAAGGAGAAAGAAAAAGAAAAAGAAAAGGAAAAGGAGAAAGAAAAGGAAAAGGAAAAAGAAAAAGAAAAAGAAAAAGAAAAAGAAAAAGAAAAAGAAAAAGAUGAUAGUGUUAAGAAAAAGGAUAAAAAUAAAACAACAACAAAAUCGUCAUCAUCAUCACCACCACCACCAGCCGAUUCUGAACAAUUGGAAUCAACAAAACCAACUAUUAAUCAGCAAUUGAAAGCAAAAAAAGGUGGCGCUGCUUUAACAACAGCAAUGGGUACUAGCGAAAGAAUUACAAAAGCUGAAUUUGAAUCAUUGAAUGAUGAGAUAAAUGAACUAAAUUCCGGUGUAAAUACAUUAAAACAUUCAUAUGGUAGUAUAAUUAAAUCGUUGAUUGCAAUGCAAAAUAAACGAUUAUUGAAGAAAAAAUUAGCUAAACAACAACAACAACAAAUGGCAUUAGCUGAUGGAAAAAAAGUUAAUUUUCUAGUAACAUUAUCAACAAUGGAUCCAAAACAAAAAGAAGAAAUGGCAUCAGGAGGUGGAACAAAUGAAUCAUCAUCAAUGAAUAGCGAUAAAUUUAAUAUGGAAAAUUUUCUUAAUCCAAUGACACGUGAAAAUACAUUUCAGAUGUUAUUCAAUGAGGUCGAUGAUUUAAAUAAACGUACCGAACAUUUACGUACAAAUUUUUAUGAUCGUCGUGGUAAUUUUUUACGUGCCAAAUAUGAACAAUCGGAUUAUCAUUUGGAUAGGAAAAAAUUUAAUCAUUUAAAACUAUGGACAAAAAAUUUAUUGACAAUUGUAAGUGAAUUGGCUCGUAAUUAUAAUGAUGAUCUACUUAAUAUGUUUCGUUUGGUUUAAACAAAACAAACAAACGAAAAGAAAAGAAAAAGCAACAGAGAUUCGAAGACAACAACAAAAAAAAAAUCCGGAAGCAAAAGAAUCAUAU